AUGGAGACAAAUGAUGCCGAAGAGGUCCCUAAGGAGCAAUCCCCUGUUGACCCGACCCCCAACCCUAUCCACCGAUCAUCGACGGUCAGUACGCUCCAUCACAAUCAAUUUGACGAUUCUUUCUUGUCGAGAGUACGCUCGUUCUUCAAGAGAGACGAUCACAUCGGCCAUGUUUCCCGGCACCCAUUACGAGACAAGGAAGAUAUCGAAAUCCACACAUGGCAAGGUCCUGAUGACCCCGAAAACCCUUUCAAUUGGAGCAAAACCUAUAAGUGGGUGUUGACUUUAACAGUUUGCUUCAUUUCUAUCCUGACAGGCCUGCCCGCAGGAUCCUAUGGCGCAGGAAAUAAUUAUAUGGAGCAACGGUUCCACGUACAAAAUACCCCGUUCCCCAAUUUGGCUUGGGCCACAACAUCCUGGAACAUGGGAGCCGCCUUCUGGCCACUCAUCUUCGUCCCGUUGACCGAAUCCUCGGGCCGGAUGCCGGGCUAUUUUGUCGCUUACUUUAUCCUCGUUGUCUCCCUGUUCCCGUCAGCAUUCGCACAAAACUUUGCAACGCUAGUUGUGACCAGAUUUUUUGGUGGCGGUGCUUCCUCUGUCAGCAUCAACAUUGUGGGCGGUAGCAUCAGUGAUGUGUGGUAUGGUGAUAAAGCUCGCAGUCUACCAAUGUCACUGUUUGGAUUUACUAGUGUGGUUGGAAUCGCGCUAGGACCGUUUGUGGGUGCUGCUAUUCAGACAAUCGACAAAAAAGAUCCAUGGAGAUGGAUAUUUUAUAUCCAGAUCAUCUACAAUGCUGCAUUGAUCCCGGUAUUCUGGCUGAUUCUUCGCGAGACCCGUGCCGACGUUAUUUUGAAAAGGCGAGCUAAAAAGCUUCGCAAAGAGACCGGGAGACCCAUUUAUGCAGAAGCCGAUCUUGAUACCACUAGUGUAUGGAAACUACUUCAGGUUUCCUUCGAGCGACCGACUCGAAUGCUUCUCACGGAGCCGGUGGUCACAUUCUUCACUCUUUGGGUUAGCUUCGCAUGGGGGAUUUUGUUUCUUUUCUUUUCAAGCGUUUCACAAACAUUCAGUCACAAUUACGGCUGGGGUACAUUUACCACUGGUCUUGUUCAGCUCGCUAUUUCUGUUGGCGCGGUGAUCGGUACCGUCUUCAAUCCAAUCCAAGACUGGAUCUAUCUCCGCUCUGCGAAAAACAAUCGUGAGCAGCCAGGCCGGCCGGUUCCGGAGGCUCGUCUCUAUACAUCGAUCCCUGGAAGCUUGCUUUUUGCGGGGGGUUUAUUCUGGUAUGGGUGGGCAAGUUCUGGGGAUGGAUCCAUUCACUGGAUUGUGCCAACUCUUGGUAUUGGAUGCACAGGUGUUGGAAUCUAUAGCAUUUACAUGGCUGUCGUGAACUAUCUGACUGACGCCUACGAGAAGUACGCUGCAUCGGCGCUGUCGGCGGCUUCGCUGGGGCGGAACACGUUUGGCGCUUUUUUGCCCCUCGCCUCCUACGAACUUUUCCAGACUCUCGGUUAUGGAUGGGCUGGCUCACUGUUAGGAUUCGUUGGCGUCGCCCUUUCGGUUGUCCCUGUUGUCCUGGUACUUAAGGGGCCGGAUAUUAGACGCCGCAGUCCGUUCAUGCGCGAGUCGAUGUUUGACUCGGGAGAGUCGAAUGAGUCUACUGAGCCGAUUGAGCCGGAGAAAGCCUGA